AUGGGUGACCCAUAUGGGUUACAGGAGGAUCUCCGGCGACUUAUAUCAGCGAGAACCCAUUUGAGCACCACCAACACACAUCUACUUGAACCACUGUGUGUCCACCAUGCUCUAAGUGCUGUUGCUGCUUCUACUACUCCGCCCAAUACCUAUGACCCGAUCAUGGAUGCCAACGCUUUCUACCCUCGCUCCUUCACUCACUUCACACACCAUGACUAUUCCUCUUCUAAUGUAAACGCCACGACUUCUACUACUGCUGUUGCUGCUGCCACUGUCUCCGAUCAUGCUACUACUACUCCAUUCUGCAGCAUAGAGAGUGCAGAGAAAGGGUGGCUUGGGUUUGAUUCCGGGAACAAUAGGUGGCCCAGACAAGAGACCCUUUCACUUCUUGAGAUCAGAUCUCGUCUUGAUUCCAAGUUCAGAGAGAACAAUCAGAAAGCACCCUUGUGGAAUGAAAUUUCUAGGAUAAUGGCUGAGGAAUUUGGGUACCAAAGAAGCGGAAAGAAAUGCAAAGAGAAAUUUGAGAAUUUGUACAAGUAUUACAAGAAGACCAAGGAAGGAAAAGCUAGUAGACAAGAUGGGAAGCACUACAGAUUCUUCAGGCAACUUGAAGCAAUAUGUGGAGAAGCAAAUAAUAAUGAUGCCUCGACUCCAGAUAAAACUCACCGAGCUGGUGGAAACACUGCUAACAUUCAAAUACCAAGCUUGACAAUUAACCAAGAUCACAACGGUGACGUCUCUAAUAAUAACAUAAAGUGCUCAGAGAGCCUCAGCAUCUCAAACUCAUCCGAAUUUGAAACAUCCUCAUCUGAAAACAAUGAUGAGGAUCUUUCAGCUGUUGCUUACAUGAUGAAGCAAUCAAGGGAGAAGCAGAAAGGGUUAGACUUAGACCAGAAACAAAGUGGUCAUAGGAGGGUAAGAAAAAGCUGGAGGGCUAAAGUGGAGGAGAUAGUGGAUUCCCACAUGAGGAAGAUCAUAAAGACUCAAGAUGCUUGGAUGGAGAGAAUGUUGAGGGUUGUGGAGCAAAGAGAGCAAGAGAUGGCAUCUAAAGAGGAAGAAAGGAAGAGAAAAGAGUCAAUGAGAUUUGACCAACAAGUGCAUGAACUGUGGGCUAAAGAAAAAGCAUGGGUUGAAGCAAGGGAUGCUGCAUUGAUUGAGGUUGUGAGGAAACAUAUUGGGAUAGAGCUUGAAACAUUGCCAUUGUAUGAAGCUAUGGUUGAAGAAGAACCACCAAAUAAGAACAAGAGCCAGGGAACUAUUGAUGCCAAUGAAUAUCCCAGUGAGGGUGUUGAUCAUAGAAGUAGUCGAUGGACCGAAAUGGAGAUUUCAAAUCUGAUACAGCUAAGGACUGGUUUUGAACAACGACUCAGAGAAAAUGGGUACUUAGAAAAUGGCCUUUGGGAAGAAAUAGCAGCAAAACUGGCUUGUUUGGGGUUUGAUAGGAGUGCAAGUGAGUGCAAGCAAAUAUGGGAUGAGAUCAGCAUGUCUCUUAGAAGGACAGUGGAGUAUGAUAGUGCCAAAACAAGGCCUUGGUGUUUGGGACUUAAGCUGACGGAUGAUGAUGAUCUUUGA